AUGGCCACACAAGCCAAAUUCACACCCGAUGAUGCUGUGGUCGACAAGACCAGCCCUUCGGACGAGAUGGGUGUUCCAGAUGGAUUCGACAGUGUGCAAGAAGGUCUGGCCCUGUUCUCAGAUGGCUACAACGCCCAGAUCAUCGGCUACAUGAAUCCACUGUUCUCGGUACUCUACGCGCAGGGCAUGUCGAAGACCAUCAAAACGAGACUGUCCAACUCCUACCUGAUUGGAGAGAUCUUCGGCAUGCUGACUUUCGGCUUCGUCAUCGACAAGAUUGGCCGUAGAACCGGGAUCGUCUUCGCUACCCUAUUCCUCGUGCUAGGUGUCGUUCUUGCAACAGCUGCCCAUGGCAAAACUCAACUCGGCAUGUUCUGGAUGAUGAUCGUUGCUCGAGGAAUUGCUGGAUUUGGCGCUGGGGGUGAAUAUCCAACUUGUGCAGCUGGUAGCACCGAGGCAGCAGACGAGAGCCAGUACGUUCGCAAAAGACGUGGCAUCCUAGUAGCUCUCUCGACGGACUUCUCCAUUGACUUGGGUUUCGUUGGGGCUGGUAUCGUGGCCUUGAUCGUGAUCGCGGCUUAUAAUAACCACAUCUCGAGCGGUAUCUGGCGAAUCUGCUUUGGUCUUGGUUUCGUCUUGCCGCUCAUUUUGUUCCUCUUCCGGGUUCGCAUGAUUGAGUCUACCCAGUACCGCAAGCACGCCAUCAAGAAGCAGAUCCCAUAUAUGCUUGUCCUUAAGCGCUAUUGGAAGCCAAUGCUGGGCACCUCUUUGGCCUGGUUCUUUUAUGACUUCGUGACAUAUCCAUUCGGUAUUUUCUCUUCUACGAUCAUCAGUCAGCUCAACCCGAACGACAGUCUGGUUCAGAACAUCGGAUAUGGAACAGUCGUAAACUGCUUCUAUCUCCCAGGCUGUAUCGUUGGUGGGCUGCUGAUGGACCUUAUUGGCCGCAAACAGACCAUGACCCUUGGGUUCGCCUGCUGGGCUGUACUUGGAUUCAUCCUCGGAGGUGCUCUAGGCCCGAUCCAGAGCAUCUUCCCACUGUUCGUUGUACUUUAUGGCAUAUUCAAUGCCUUUGGCGAGAUGGGUCCCGGGGUCGCGACUUUCCUCUGUGGUGCGGAGAGCUUUCCUACGCCGCUACGGGGCCACUUCCUUGGGCUUGCUGCCGCGGUCGGUAAGGCUGGCGCAGCUAUCGGUACGGAAGUAUUCACACCAAUUCAAGACAGCUUUGACAGCGACCAGAAAGGCGUCCAGGCUGUGUUUCUCAUUGGUGCGGCGUUUGCGGCUGUUGGAGGUAUCAUCGCAUGGACCUUGAUCCCGAAUCGUGAGCGAGAUCUCGAAGGCGAGGACGUACGAUUCCGGGAAUAUCUGGCCGAGCAUGGGUAUACUACCGAUUUUGGUGAGAGCCUUGAGAAGGAGCUCAAGACAACGUCUUUCAAGGCGUGA